UAUAGCUCCUGGCCCCGCCUCUUCGUAUGUGGGUGUGUGUGUAAAAACCAUUGUGAAAACAUCAUAUAUUAUAUACGGGAUACGCAAAAGAAAACUUGUUUAAUGAUUAAAAAAAAAUUGUAGCUUGUAGGACGGGUACUGAGCGUCACUUGCGGCCCAAGAUGGCGAGUGUAUACAAACGCUGAGUAAUUCUGACUGUACCGCUGUCUCCUGCUGUACCCUGCAUCAUUGGUCACCACACAAGUCUCCUACUGUAGCCUACAUCAGUGGUCACCACACAAGUCUCCUGCUGUAGCCGUCGUCAUGGCUCGCCGCUAUGAUUCGAAGACUACAAUCUUCUCUCCAGAAGGGAGACUGUACCAAGUAGAAUAUGCCAUGGAAGCUAUUGGACAUGCUGGUACCUGUUUAGGUAUACUAGCAAAUGAUGGGAUAGUAUUGGCUGCUGAGCGUCGUAACACUAAUAAGCUUCUGGAUGAUGUAUUCUUGUCUGAUAAAAUUUAUAAAAUUGAUGAGGACAUGGCAUGUUGUGUGGCAGGCAUUACAUCUGAUGCUAACGUAUUAACAAAUGAGCUUCGUGCUAUUGCCCAGCGACACACACUCCAGUUUGGUGAGCCCAUACCCUGUGAGCAGCUCGUCAUGAGGCUCUGUGACAUAAAACAAGCUUACACGCAAUAUGGAGGAAAGCGUCCAUUUGGUGUGUCGAUCUUAUAUAUGGGCUGGGAUACUCGUCAUGGGUAUCAACUUUACCAAAGUGAUCCGUCUGGGAACUACUCUGGUUGGAAGGCCACUUGCAUUGGCAAUAGCAGUGCGGCAGCGGUGUCCAUUCUGAAGCAAGAAUACAAAGUGAGUGAAACAGACCUGCACCAGGCCCUUUUAUUAGCUCUGAAAGUGAUGAGCAAGACGUUAGACAUGACAAAACUCAAUGCGGAGAAGUUGGAACUAGCCACACUAGUCAGAAACGACAAUAAAACCGAGAUAAAUGUUAUCUCGGUGGAAGAAGUGAAAGAACUAAUUAAAGAGCAUGAACAAAAAGAGGCCGAGGCUGAGGCAGCCAAACAAGAUAAGCAGUCAGGCUCAGGAAAGUCAUCAGAUAAGUAAUAUUACUGUAAUGUGCAGGGAAGUAAAGUUAUCAGAUAAGUAAUAGUGCUGUAAUGUGCAGGGAAGCAACAUAAUGAUGUCAUGUGUUUGUUUAGUAAUGUCACUUUUUAAUAAGUGAUAAAUUAUUGUGUAUUGGAUGUCAUAUUAUUUUUGCUUGUGUUAAUGUAUGCCAUUUGUCUGCCUAAAAUGUUUUGAAGAAUGUAUAAGAAUUAGGGUUUUCUUCUCAUAAUGGAUUCUUUUAAUAAAAAAAGGUAGUACUUGAAA